AUGUCGAUGGAUGAUGCAACAGUGGAAGAGAGCACAUAUGAGAUUUUGCUAGCAGCAGCUGAAGAAGAAGACAACGCCUUCGCAUGGCGAGUCAACUCGGAGCUAUCUCAACUCUGGGUCUCGCUCUUUGCCUUUAAGCUGAUCGUCAAGAUCGCCGCUCUCUAUCUCUGCCAGGUUUCUUCAGUUGUCUUUCUACCCCCUCUUUUCCAUUAGCUUCUGCACCGUAGAUUACUUCACUUUGGUAUGGAGAACGAGUCACCCGAUGCUAUGAAUCUCGACUUGAAUCUCGGUCCUGGCCCUGACGCAGAGUCAGGAGAAGCUAUAGGUAGUGAAGGUGUGAACUUGGACGAUUGGGUUAAUGAUAACUCUAUCGAAAGAAUAAGGCAAGCUGUCAGAGUUCGAGCAAGGCAACGCUGGAGAUGGCGACAAGUCCAAUUCCCCCGCGAAAGGCAAUCACUUUCGGUGGAAUUGAAUCAACUGAUAGGUGAUUCUGCAGCUUUGAGCGGCUUGCAAGCUGGUGAAGGUAGUGUAGCAGCUGAAGAACGGUCCAAUGAAGACCUCAAAAUGUGUGAAAAUUCCAACUUGUUUCUGGAAGACCAGGUGACUGAAAAUAAGGCUAACGUCGAGAAGGGAAGUGGCACUGAUGGGAGCUUUUUCGACUGCAAUAUUUGCUUCGAUCUGGCUUCAGAUCCGGUUGUUACAUGUUGUGGCCACCUCUUCUGUUGGGCAUGCCUUUAUAGAUGGUUAAAUGUUCAUUCAGACGCAAAAGAAUGCCCUGUAUGCAAGGGGGAGGUCACCAUCAAGAAUGUGACCCCAAUAUAUGGUCGUGGUAAUAAUAGCUCUCGCCCAUCUGAAGAUGACUCCAGCGUUGAGAUCCCAAGCAGGCCACAGGCGAGGCGAGUCGAGAGCCUGAGGCAGACCAUUCAGAGAAAUCACUUUCACUUUCCAAUGGAAGAGGUGAUUCGGCGCCUUGGAAGUAGACUUGAGAUGGUGGGAGAGUUGACUCCAUCUCAUGAUCCUAGUGGGGCCCGUGACAUAACAGAUAGGAAUUCCCUUAUUAAUAGGUUGAUGACAUUCAGGGGAGCGCGUGCAGAGCAAAGUUCAAUUCCAAAUCCUAGUGAGGUAGUGGAUUUGACGCACAGUGGAACAAGUAGUCCCGAGGGAGGAGUUAGAAGCCGACGGCUUCACUCUCUGUUUCUUCGGAGGUCCCAAUCACAUGCCCAAAGAGCUUCGGCCCACAGUUCACUAUCGGCUGCUUUUAAUACUACUAGUGAAGAAUGGUCGAGUUUCUAAGAAACAAUCCUAUAAUGAGGAAUCAGGAACAAGCUGUUGAUGACAGGGAUUCUUUUUCGAGCAUUGCUGCAGUUAUAAACUCAGAAAGUCAAAUGGAUACUGCUGCUGAAAUUGAUUCCAUGGUCUCUCUUUCUACAUCUUCUUCCAGAAGAAGGAAUGAUAGUUCGAGAGCCUCGGAUGUUGACAGUGGGGAUUCUCGUGCGCCUAGGAGGAGGAGGUUAAACUAGGAAAGUAUCCAUCUCUAAUUAUUUAUGGUUUGUUGAAUAUUGGCGACUCCUAAAAUCCUAUGUCCAUGUAAGUUCUACCCCGGCUUUGUUAUCGUCUGCUCUCAAUUUGUGUUGCAUUUUCCGAUCGUCAAUGACUCUUGAAGCUGAUAAAUUUGAUUUUUCAAAUGUUUCGUAGCUGCUUCUGUGUUUGAGAUAUAUGUGCACUCUCACUUAGGGAGCUUCUGUGUUGUUCCUCUGGAAAAUCAGUUAUAGGGAAGUAGACCUUUUUUGUUUCCAUUGUACAUAAGACCUUUGAUCUACAUGUUGUGGGGCUACUGAUUAAUUGUUGCAUCCAAUUUUUCACUAUUCAUUGCAUGUUUCAUUGAAGUUUAUUUAUGACAGGUUGUGAUGGAAUGCCAUGUAUUAUUUCUCUCUUUCUUGUAUUCUUCUGCAGAACCUUCUAACAAAAUAUCACCUUGCCUCUUAACAA